AUGCUGAAAUCGGUGUAUCCAUUUAUCAUGUCACUUUUCUCUCGUAUGGAACUCUUAUCUCAACUUCGGGAGCAAGUCCCUACCAGAAUUUUAAGAUCAUACAACACGACAUGUUCUCAAAUUGAGGAAAUUUCUAAUUCGGAUAUAUUAUUACAGCGCCAAACGAUCAUGUUAAUUUCUCACAGGAGAAAAUACAGUAAAAACACAUUUAACGAGCAUAUCCUAAAACAACUAACAACAUACCAAUAUCCCGACGAUCCAUUUAAUGUAUUUUCUUCUUUACAAGUGCAAACAUUUUCAUAUUUACUCGAAUACCUAUGGGAUUCACAAGAGAAUAUUGUGAAAAACAUGAAGCUGAUAUCAACUCUACCCAAUUUCAAGUAUUUAUGUAAUAUUGGAUUUCCAAUUAUUUUUGGCUUCUUUACCAAUCAAUAUUUAUGUGAUAAAGCCGCAGAUUUCUACAUCAGUGCUUCGAAAAAUAUCAACGUUGAUAACAAAAUUUCCCUAUUUCGCGUAUUUUUUUCAUUAGAUCACAUUCAAGGCUUUUCUAAUUCAUUAUUUCGCGAAUCAAUAUGGAAUUACUAUCCAAAUUUCCCAGGAACAGGGUUUUUAGUCGAUAAAAUCAUGGUUACAUCACAAUAUUUUCUUGGUCUUUUACCUGAACCUCAUCUACGAAUUCUACGCUCAUUUUAUGAUGAAGAAGACCAGAUACUGUUAUGGACUAUUCUCAUAUUUGAUCUUAUCGCUCCACAAAUUCAAUUACAAUAUUAUUCUUCUCCUCUUUGUAUUUUAAAAUGCAAAGAUUUGGAUAUCGAUGAGAUUGUCGAAGGACUACAUAUACGUGCGAAAACAGGAGCCGUAGUCUGUAAAAUAACUCCACAAGAUUUAGAACAAAGCCAAAACAGUCUUUGUCCAAUUUACGUAAAAGACGGUACCGGAGCAACCAUCAAAACGAUUCUUACGCUCUUUGACGUUCACGAAUUACUUAAUAUGCCAUUAAUGUUUCCAGCUCAUUUACAGUGCGUUUCAGACGUAAAUCAGAAGAUUCUUGUUGAUUCUCACUUCGCAUUUUUCACAAAGUUCAUGGUUGAUACUGAAGAAAAAGGCCAUUUCCCUCCAAUUUUCUUCAAAGAGCACCAAUUCACGAAUAAUAUCAACCAGUACACAAAAAUAUGGAGUACGAUGAAAAAAGAAAUAGCAGAUCCCGUUGAAUUUCUUCUUGGAUAUCAAAGAAACUCAAAGUAUUCCGUAGUUUUCUCAAAUGGAAAGAAUCAAGAGCUGAAAGAUAACGCAAUUCAAAUGGAAACAGAGAGAUUGCUCGUACAAGGCUCGAAUUUCGAAAGACUGAUGGAAAUGAUGAUGAUUAGAGAUAUAAUGUUCAGUUGGAAGAACAGAGCAGCAAGUUAUUUGAAUCUCUUCAGCCGAGGGCAAGCAUUCAUCGAUAGCGAUAUUCCGAAAACUAUAAAGGAAGUUUUAAACACCCCUGCAUCCGGAGAAUUAAGGUUUUGGAAGUUCAUUAAAUACCUAUCGUUGGCUGAAGCCGUGGCCUUCUCAAAUAUUCAGAGUGACAUAGAAAAAAUUGAGACCAUAUUUUCCAAACUGAUUUAUCAUAAUAGAUCCGUACAAAUGGAUCCUCCGAAUAAUUCAACGCAUUCUAUCUUUCUUUCUUUGUCAUUUACGUUGACAAGCAUCAAAAAAGAAAAUUCUUUCUUCGAAAGAGUAGUUGUCAUGCAGCACCUCUUCGAAACAAUCGAGAAUCUAGCAGAUGUCAACGAUACAGACAAAAAAGAGCAAUUAACUAUAUUUUUCAUCGCUGUUUUUGAUGUAAAGUGGAUUUUGAGGACGGCAAUCUAUAUGAAUAGUACUGUCUUCAAUGGAUCCUUCGAGGAUUUGAUUCCACAACCUUUCCACCACCAAUGGUCUCAAUUUGUUCCAAGUUUGUUGUCAAUGAUCACCGAAGAUCGUGAGUUACUCGCGAAAUUCAUGAGUAUGUCAACAACACCUUUAAUUAAGUUUUAA